AUGGCAAUUCAGAUAAGAGACGCAACAGAAAAAGACAUGCCCGCCCUGGCACGGCUUGCAGGCGUCGUAUUCCACCCGACAACCGAUUGGAUCACCCGUCAAGUCUUCCCUCUGCAUCUGCAGCCGAAAAAUAUUCCCGAUGGCGACUCAUCGCUACCCUGGCGCCAGUUAAGAAAGACAGCGAGCUUCAAUACGUCAAAUUGCACCGUUAAAGUAGCCGUCGAUACCGCCCUGAACAACCAAAUCGUUGGCUACGCUGUGUGGGAGCAGCCAGUUGAUGAUGAGAAGCCCCCAACAGCGCCUGCAGACCCAGAGCUGCCUUCAGAUGUCACGGACAUGAAGGUCUUUGAGGAGCUCAAGUCAAUCUUGAAAGAGGACCAUAAAGCCAGUUUUGGAGAUAGAGAGCUGAAAGACGUGUGGCGUUUGUCUCCCCUUCCUACAUCUCUACAAAUUUUGCUUCAUAAUAAGCAACGCAGUUAA